CUCCCUUACGAUGAGCGUUUAAAACGCCUAAACAUUUCCCCUUGUCGUAUCGUAAGACGCGAUGUGACCUUAUACUGGCAUUUCGUAUCUUUAAUUAUGAUUUGGGUGUUAAUAUGUUUUAUCUUUUUGCUCCCCCCAGCACUAAUAAUCUCCGAGAUGGUUCACAAAGUACGAUCUAAUAAACUUAAAGUGGGGUCCCAUUUUUCUCAUUGAGUAGUCAAUGACUAAAACGCCUUACCCGAACAAGUGGUAUCAGGCUCAUCAGUCAAUAUCUUCAAGGAAAAGCUGGACCUUCACUGUAGGGCAACCUGUCAAGAUUAACACAGGUUCACCAAUCUACUAUCCUUAUCACUGAAAACCGAAGACUGUGCAAACACACCCGUUUGUCCCAUGAUAUCAGCCUAAUCAAUGAAUAGAUGUCAGAAAAAUAAGUUGUUAACAGGAAUAUCUAUUGCAAGGAUUUCAACAUAUUAGGAGAAUUAGUAUCCUAAUGAAUGUAGACCAAUUGAAUCUUUGAAAAAUUAAGUGAACGAUUUGUCGUCGAAGCUACAGUAACUUAAUGGACAACGGUGAUAUCAAUCUUGAAGAAGGGGAGCUUGAUGUAGAUCUCAGCGAUGAGGAGGGAUGCAAGUUGAAAAAUGAAAAGUGAGCACCAAUAUCGUUAACCUAAAAUUUCUUCAGUGAUUUAAGAAAGGAAGAAAAGCUAGAUAAAGAAUCUGAAGUAAAAAAGCACAAGAAGAAAGAAAAAAAGGCUAAGAAGGAAAAGAAGCAUAAGAAGAAAAAGAAAAAACAUAGGCAUGACAACAAGGAAAAAUGGUACUCUUCGUUAAUCUUACUUACCUUUAGUUCUCUUAAUAAUGGUGAUGUUGUUCAACCACCUGUGAAUGAAGCAAAGGUAGAAGAUCUUGGAAGUCCCAAAAAAGAAAUUAAUGACAUCCCAUAUGUUCCAAAACGCGUUCCUAUCUCUCUGGAGGAGCUGAUUUUAAAAAGGAAGGCGGAAGAGGCAGAAUUAAUCAAACCGAAAUUUAUAUCUAAGGAGGAGCGUAUUCAACAAGCCAUCCAAAGAAGACAAGCUGAAGUUCAAGCUCAACGUGAAAAACAGAUGGAGGCCUUCAAAAAACAGACGGAAUAUCUCGAAGGAGCUAAAGAUCUGGAACGAAAGAGACGCGCAGAAGAUUUUCAAGAAAGAAUGAGGCAGCACAGAAACUUUAGAAAUACUGGCAAACGAGCAGCUCAAGAAGAAGGUCCAGGUGAUAAGGUAAACAUUUCACAAGAAGAACAAGCUAUCAAAGAGCGCUACUUGGGUCAAAAGCGUCUGACUAAGCGUCGACCGAGGCGACUUAAUGAGAGGAAAUUUGUAUUUGACUGGGAUGUCGCCGAUGAUACUAGCCAGGAUUACAACCCGCUUUACAAAGAAAAGCAUCAAAUCCAGUUUUUUGGCCGUGGACAUAUUGGUGGUAUUGAUAUUAAGCAACAAAAAAAAGAAAUUGGACGUUUUUACUCAAAGCUGUUAGAAAGCCGCCGUUCUGACACCCAGAAAGUUCAAGAAAAGAAACGUCUAAGUGGUGUGGCAAAGCGUGAAGCUAAGCAGAAAUGGGAUGACAGGCACUGGACAGAAAAGGCCCUUGAUCAGAUGACUGAACGCGACUGGCGAAUCUUUCGCGAAGAUUUUAAUAUAUCUACCAAGGGAGGUAACAUUCCAAACCCCCUCAGGUCUUGGGCGGAAAUGAAUGUUGCUGAUGAACUUAAGGAUGUAAUUAAAAAGGUUGGUUAUCCUGAACCAACACCAAUUCAACGCCAAGCAAUACCAAUAGGUCUGCAAAACCGUGAUAUUAUUGGUGUUGCAGAAACAGGUUCAGGGAAGACAGCAGCUUUCCUCAUACCCCUGUUGAAUUGGAUUCAGCGACUUCCAAAACUGGAGAGACUUGAGAGCAAGGACCAUAUGCUAUUAUUAUGGCUCCUACUAGAGAGUUGGCACAGCAAAUUGAGGAAGAAACAGUGAAAUUCGGUCGACCACUGGGAAUCAAGACUGUUUCGUUGAUUGGUGGCCUCUCGCGUGAAGAUCAAGCAUUAAAGCUUCGAAUGGGCGCCGAAAUAGUUAUUGGUACUCCUGGUCGUUUAAAUGAUGUCCUAGAAAACCGGUAUAUGGUACUCAACCAAUGUACUUACAUCGUUUUGGAUGAAGUAAGUACUGAUAUUUUAGAACAUUCAAAGUCGGACAGUUUUUGGCUUUUUUUGUUAUUAAAUGAUGGUCUAGUAGAUGUAAAGCUAACUUACGCCUGUCACCCCUCAUGGAGGGGCAUAAGCCGCCUACCAGCACUCUCCAUCCAACCUUGUCCUGGGCAAUCCUUUCCAGUUGCUAUUUAUUCUUUUCAUGUCUGCUUCUGAUUUUUGACGUAGUGUGCUCAUUAACCUUCUUCCUUUCCCUUUACCUUCAGAAUUCCAAGUUAGCACUUGCUUCACGGUGCAGUUUGAUGAUUUCUCCAAUGUGUACCCUAUCCACUUCAAACGCCUUUUUCUAAUUUCCUCGUCAGCUGGAAGCUGGUUUGUUCUCUCCCAUAGUGGGCUGUUGCUGAUGUUAUCCGGCCGACGAACAUUCAGUAUCUUACGUAAACAAUUGUUUAUAAAUACUUCUACCCUUUUGAUGAUGGUUGUGUUAGUGAUUUGGUCUGUGCACGACCGAUCCUUACGGAAUCCAGCUUGUUGAUCUCGAAGUUGAACGUCUACCGAAAUCUUUCAUGUGGUUCAGCAACGCACUGUUAAAAACCUUUCCUGAUGCUCAGAGUUUCAAUAGAGACCUAUUCCUUAUGACGGUGCUUGUUGUGGUCCAGAACCCCCUGACACGUUAAAGUCAAUGCUUCUUUGAUCCCUCUCCCGUUGUCUUCCAUAGUAGUUUCGCAUUCUUCGAGUAAUUCUUCCAAGGCUCGAAAAUUAUUGCUGAGAGUUAUCUUGAAUUCGUCGAGCUUGUAUCUCGAAGGAAGGCUGUAUGAAGCCUUUUUAAUGCUGCUUAUCCAGUUGUCCGGUGCUUCUUUAGCUUCAGUUCCAUCUUAACCACAGCCAGGUGGUGAUCUGAAGCUAUGUCAACUUCUCUCCUGGUUCUCACGUCUUCCAUUGUCUUUCUGAAGUGUUUUAGUCACCCCGAUCUAGUUCUCUGUAGUGUGGUCGAGUGAGAUCCAUGUAGCUUUGUGCAUGUGUCUGUGUGGGAAUGUUGUACUACCUAUAACCAAUUUGUAAGUUUCUCACCAUUCUUGUCCGUUUCUCCUAUUUAGUCCAUGUCGUCUCAUGAUAUCUUCAUACCUGGUGUCGUCCAUUCCGACUUUAACAUUUAAGUCUCUCAUCAGAAUGUUCAGGUUCUUUGCUGUGUUUCUUCGCGAUCGAUUUCAGCCUUCUGUAGAACCGAUCUUUAUCAUCGUCAUUACUAUAAUUGGCGUGGGCAUAAUGUUGAGUAAUAUUCGUCGUAAUUCCCUCCUUUGUUUUGAAUGAUGCUUCGAUGAUCCUGGAUUCAUGAGAUUCUCAUUUUAUGAGUGCUCUUCGUGCUUCAUUGGACAGCAUCAGUGCAACUGCUUGUGUGUACGAAACAUGUUUUUCUUUGUGACCAGAGUACAACAGCAUCUCUCGCGUACCUAACGUUUGCUGUCCAGCUUGGGUGUAAUGGGUUUCACUGAUUCCGAACACCGCUCAGUUGUAUCUCCUCAUUCCCACAGCUAUUUGAUUGGUCCUUUCUGUCUCCCAUAUUACCCGGACAUUCCAUUUGCCUACGUUAAUCGUUGUUCUGGUUGUAAGAAAAGGCGUCGGCCUCGUGAUCUCCGAAGGAUCUCGGCUUUCAACAAGAGGUGUCAGAAUUCUUCCUUCAACUUGGAGGGCCGAGCGUAAAUGGUUUAAAUUGUUUAUACUGGUUAGCGUUUUUGGCAAGAUUGUUUUCUAUGAGAUAGAGUUGCUGAUCCCAUGCACAACCAUUCUCCUAUACCAGGUCUAGUGACCGGUAGUCACCCUAGAGGACCUUCAGUUCUAGGUAGAAUUAAAGUGUUAUUUUGCGAUGAUAAAUUGCAUGUUUAAUUUGUAAUCCUUCAUCGAUUAUACCUGAGAUUUGUUUUUCGUUUACAGAGUUGUUAACUUUAUGAUGGUUAGCAUUUGAGCAAGUUGGAUGGUAUUAUGUUGAAAUCUAUUUGUAAUCCAUUAAGUCGUUUCCAACACAAUUGUGUAUAAGAUGGAAAAACAGUAAUAAUAAAUUAAAUGCACAGGUACUAGCUACACAGUUUUCAGGUUUCAUCUAACAGAAACCCCUCGCUUAUGUUUUAAGGAUUUCAGAACAAUGAGGUUGAUUUCGAUCAAUUAUAUGGAAAAAACCCGGUACUUUCAUCUAAACUAUCGGAGUCAGUUCAUUGUUCUUAAUUGUUGGUGUUAGGUUAAAUUAUUUAUGUAGAUCGGCAUACCAUGAUAUGUGCCUUCGCCAUCUGAUUGUAAAUGUUUAUGAAUUUUAAUUAUUUCUGGCGUUUUUAAAUUAACAGGCUGAUAAAAUGAUUGAUAUGGGUUUCGAACCUGAAGUCAACAAUAUUCUCACAUAUUUACCAGUUACAAAUGAAAAACCUGAUAAUGAAGAUGCUGAAGAUGAUUCGAAGCUAUUAAGCAAUUUUGCAACAAAGCAUAAGUAUCGUCAGACUGUCAUGUUCACAGCCACCAUGCCUCCAGCAGUUGAACGUCUUGCUCGUUCCUAUUUAAGGCGACCUGCAAUGGUGUAUAUUGGAAGUGCUGGUAAACCCACAGAACGAGUGGAACAGAUUGUUUAUAUGGUUUCAGAACAAGAGAAGAGGUAGUUUUUUCAUACUGAUAAUAAUCAAAUGUUUAUAGCUAAGUCGAUUUCCUUUUGGUUAUAAAUUUAAAUAUUCCAAGACUAACAAAUCUGACACCACUUUUACUUACAUGCUCCAGAUUAUCAUUGUUUAUUUUCUACAUUGGUUUUCGGUAGUGUCGCGAAUCAUUAGUACAAUUGAUAAAUUGCAGCUGGCACUUAUAAAACCGUAUUUAUUGAAAAUUUAAUCUUAAUAUGUUGUGCUCGCUCUGAUUUAUAAGAAACGAUUUUAGUCAUGUCGAUAAUUCUUGUGGAGAACUGACUGCUAGGCCAAAGACAGACUCAAUCUAUUUUUAUUGAAUGCAAUAAAACUAGUUACUUUAUCAAUAACAAGUAUAUUAAUCUUCACGACUUCAUUGUCUCUAUAUCUGUGAUGAGUGCUGAAGACGGGAACUUUCAUUUUAACAUCUGUUGUCCUGUUAACAUAAUUUGUUAAUGAGCUCCAUACCUGUAUUUCGAUUUACUGAAAGAAAAGUGCAGUAUCCUAAUCGAUUAAUAGUACAGACAUACUUUCUGUCUCCAUUAAAAUACUAAAUGUUGCUUCAGAAUUGUUCUGCGUGAACUUAUGGUAGGGAGUGGAGUUGUUGAGCGUAUCGACCACUUCGUAAAGAUUUUAUCACCUCUUGUGGGUUUGUAUCUGAAGAAACAAUAUUUAGACAAAUUAUACCAAUAUAUGAAGUUGUGAAAAGUAUCACAUAAUAUGGACUUAUGUUUUGAUGUUUAUGAACUGGGAGAAAUAGCUUCUGAACAAUUCUUAUUAACGGAUUCCCGAUGUCUUUGUGCGUUUCCCUAGAUCUAUUUUUCUCAUUCAAAAGUGAGUUAUUACAAAUUGUUUUUAAAAACUAAGUAUCUUAAACUACAAGUUCUUGUAGGCCUAAAACUUGGAUUAUUUAGUUUGUUGCUAAAUCUAGAGCUUUAUCCACGAACGCCUUAACAUCAAAAUGACUUAAAUCUCAUUUUUGCAGGAGAAAACUAUUAGAAAUACUUGCUGCAGGACUUGAUCCACCUGUAAUCAUUUUUGUCAAUCAGAAAAAAGGCGCAGAUGUACUUGCUAAAGGACUAGAAAAACUUGGAUACAGUGCUGUUGUUCUACAUGGUGGCAAAGGACAGGAACAAAGAGAAUAUGCCUUGGCAAGUUUAAAGUCUGGUCAAAAGGAGAUCUUAGUUGCAACUGAUGUUGCCGGUCGUGGUAUUGAUAUCAAAGAUGUGUCAAUGGUUAUAAACUAUGACAUGUCUAAAACUAUUGAUGGUAAGCUAAUAAUUCUUUCGCUGUUUACUUAGAUUAUUUAUUUGUUUAAACAUAGACAUUCGUACAAGGAAACAUCAAAUAUACAUGUGGCACACAAGUCAUCUGGUUUGUGUGAGGGCUGGUUUUCUCAAGGGGCUAUCCUUAGAGCCUUUGACCUAAAGGUCUAAUGUACAAGGCAGUGGAGCGACGUAAGGAAAUGCAGUCUCAUGGUAGUCGUUGAACAACAAUAGGUUCAUACGCUUUUUGUUUCAUCAGGAUCCUGGAGCGCACAUGCACCAUUGGUUUGAAAUCAGGGCUUUCGAACCCCCCUAUAUGGGUCCCCCGUAUCAACCAUCCUGAUUAAAGCACCAGAGGUCCGCUUUUCGUCCUCUAACUUUUGUAGAAAUACCCCUUGGCUCGAGAAGGCAGUGAGUAGGACUUCCCUGGCAGCGACCGUAUACGCGUGGUCAUGUGAGAGCAUUUUAAGAGGGAGAGCAGUCUCCCCACUCGCGGUCAUACCAGGGCAUUUGGGGGCAUUUACUUUGAUACAUUCUGCACUCGAUAUAAUAGUGGUAUUUAAAUUAAUUAGUCUUCUUAACUUUCAAUUGUAAAGUCAUAUAACUCUUCAAAGUCUGAGAUGCAUUUUAUCGUUGACAGAUCACUCUUUUGGUGUCAAGACAUUGUAUAGAAACUCUUCUGCAUACUGUAUCAAAGGGUGUUAUGGUACAAACUUAAGCUAAACAUUCUUUGCAGAUAUCACAUCUUCAGUGAUUUUGAAUGGUGGGCUUUAAUCUCAACACGACUGUCAUUCAGGGAUCCUUAUAAUCUGAGUGAAUUAACUUUGAUAUUUAUGAUGACACCAUAGCUUUGUCUUCUUAGAAAACCUUUGUGUUACAUGUCUCAAUGACCUGGUCAGUUUCGUCCCUCUUCUUUCUUGAAUUAUUGUUGACAGUAUGUAUGACCUCAAAUUUACCUUCUCUGUAACUAAAUGAACGGACUGUCCAAUACACUUAUGUGACUUUUGGACACAUAUUUCUCGCUCAUUCAUGUAAAUAUAUCUAAGUCCCUAAUUGAAAUGUUUGUGCGAUUAUUUACAUGAACUCAGCAUAACUUUAUUUAAUGAUUAGUAAGUUUUACACUGCGUGUUUCUCUGCUUAGAAUAUGUACAUCGUAUUGGGCGUACUGGACGUGCUGGUAAAUCUGGUAUUGCAAUCUCACUACUUACAAAAGAAGAUGCCCCUGUAUUUUAUGAUUUAAAACAAUUAUUAAUUCAAUCUCCUGUGUCAACGUGUCCUCACGAGCUUGCCAAUCAUCCGGAUGCUCAAACAAAGCCAGGUAUACUAGCUGCGAAAAAACGACGCGCAGAAGAGACAGUUUACAUUACAUAAAGAAAUAGACUUGAUUUUCAUUGUCUGCAAUUUUUAUGCUGGUUUGUAAAUACAGAGUAUAUUCCAACAAGUAUUCAUUCCAUCCUAUCGUUUUUGUACGUUAGUCCCACUUUUUCAGUGUGUUUGUACAUAAAAGCAUAAAUUUUUGAUAAAAAGCUGACACUUGCUGUUUUUUGUCAACUAGUGGUGGGUCCCGUCAUAUUUUCUCGCUUCAAAAAGGCAUAUUUAAAGUUAACGCUUAAUAUAGUUUUCAGCACGUGCUAAUAAUAGUCAAAAUAUCAACUCAUCAGUUGUUUAACAUCAGUGGUAUUACAUACCCAUAAAUGGGAAAUAGAUAGUCGAACGCUAUACAUUGAAUCAUUAUCCACAACCU